UUUCUUGCCAUAUUUCGCCUCCUACUGUUCCUCACCGACGACUGCUACUUGCAACACCCCAGACCCCCAGUCAAGCUUAGAUGCUGGGAGAGCGAGCGGUAGCAGAGCGAGUGAUUGAAGUCUGCCGUAUUUCUCGCGCGAGCCCUGGCUCUAAUGCCUCAACCUCGUGAGAGAUGAGCCAAGGCAAAAGGAGAGUAAGGAACCGAGAAAGAAGUAGGAGAGGCGAGAGAGAAAGUGAGCAGCGGAGAGGUGUACGGGGGAGGGAGAAGGGAAGGGUGGAAGUGGAGAUAAGGAGAACAGAGGGGCAGGAGAUAAUAGUGUAACAGUCGUUCCUGUUCAGAAGAAAACGACAAGGGAUAAAAGUGCUCGCAGUCCUACUCACCCUCCUCCUUUCCCGCGCGCUUGUCUCGUUACUCUACUCUCUCCGUCAACCUUUGAACUUCGAAGUUCGCUCGUCCCUCUGCCCUCGCCUCUUAUCCUCGCCCUCCCAGGGCGAAGCUAUCCGGUCGCCCCCCUGAUCCACCCUUCCACGUGCCUGCCGCCAGCGUGGCUUGUGCGCACGGCGGGGGUAACGUCUGCGGACGUUGGAACGCAGCCGCUGCGACUCUAGACACAACUCGUGGGAGGAGCGUAUGAAGGCCACCGCUGCGUUUACGCUUGAACCCUUCGCUCGACUCUCGCCCUAUGAUCCUCCCCACCCGCAUGCCUGCUUGCUUCCACACCCAUCUCCAUUUGCAGCACCCCCAGCAGCGGCAGCAGCGGCAGCAGCGGCAGCAGCAGCAGCAGCAGCAUGGAUGCACCCAGUGCGGCAGCAGCGUCACCGUCACCAGCUGCAGCAGCAGCAGCGGGCAGCAUGACAUCAUUCCCUGCGGCGCAGGCCUUGCCCGUACCUGCCAGCGCCAUGUCUCCCGCCUACCACCUCCUCUACUCGCAACUCGUCGCCGCCUCUGCUGGCCCUCACCAGUGCACAUCCCCAUCCGCCCCAUCGGCCCCAUCAGCGCCUUCAGCCCCCACGCCCAUGUGGCCCCAUCUGUCGCCGUCCCCCGCCCUGCCCUCCGCAUACUUCCCCUUCAGCCCGCCCGCCGCCGAUGGCCUGCCGCCCUUCCCCUUCACCCCGCCGCCACACGUGCCUGCGCCCUCCACGCCCCACCCGGCAGCGUCAGGCGCCGGCGCCGCUGCCUCUGGAGGCACCGCAGCGCAGGCGGCAAGGCGGCCGCACGCAGGUGACGGCUCCAGUGACCUGGGCAGCAGCCGCGACGGCGGUGGCACGGGCGUGGGCGCGGGUGGGGAAGCUGAAGCUGUGGAGCCGGCGUUGGCGCGGCGCACGACGACCAGCCUCUCCCUGGCGGCCGGCUUCCACUCCACCUCGCCCGCUGCUGCCGCCGCUGGAGGCAGUGCGCUGCCGCCCAGCGAGUGGCGGCAGCACCACAUGGCGCAGCAGCAAGAGAUGGCGCAGGGGGAACCGUUUGCUGGUGGCCAAGGGAAUGCAAACUCGGCUUACCUCACAGAUCUGCUGCAGCAGGCGCAGGCGCAGCUGGCGGACUUGGACCAGGCGGGCGCCAACCUGCGCCUGCUGGGCCUCACCCUGCCCUCCGCCGACCCCUCCCUGCCUCUAAGCCACCCGCCCGCACCAGGCCCCCACUCCGCACAUCUCCACACCCAAUCACUAGCGCAGCAGCAGCAGCAGCAGCAGGGGGCAUCGGGGCAGGGCGUGCAGCUGCCCCUGCAGGUACUCAUGCAGCUGCACGGCCUCGUGCAGACCCCCCCCGCCACCGCCCACCCUCCCACGCACCCCUUUGCCGCCCACCAGCAGCAGCAGCAGCAGCAGCAGCAGCAACAGCAGCAUUCCCCAGCACAGGUGGCGCAGGCACUGGCUCUGGCGCUGGGGGCCGGGGGGGAGGGCGCACUCGAGGGGCAGGGCGUGGGGCGUGGGGGGCUGGAUUGGCGCUGGGGUGGGGGAAGCAGUGGGGGGGCGAUGGGGAGGGGCGUGGGGGGCAGCAGCGCUGGGGGGGGUUACAGCAGCCGCGUACAGCAGGGGCUGCUGGCUGGUGCAGCAUCCCCUGGGGGGGAAUUUGAGCCGCCGUCCGCCUUGUCCCCUCAGUCCGCCCCAUCGCCCUCCGUCCCCCUGCUCUCCCCGCGCGCGCCUCGCUUCAGCCCCAGCGGCGCACACCGCCCAGUGGGAAGGGCACUAGGUGCAGCAGGCACAGGGGAGGAGGGGGGUGCGGGGCCGGCAGAGAGGGGGGAGGCGGGGGUAGGGGGGUCGAGUGUGAGCGGGGGCGGCAACGGCAAGCGGCAGGCACGAGCGGCGGCGGUGGCAGAUGGCGUGCUGUGCAAGGUGCGCGCCAAGCGCGGCUGCGCCACCCACCCUCGCUCCAUCGCCGAACGGGUGCGGCGGUCGCGCAUCAGCGACAAGAUGAAGCUCCUGGCGGACCUCAUUCCGGGCAUGGACCGGCAGGUGAAUGCGGCAGACAUGUUGGAGGACGCCAUAGAGUAUAUCAGGCACCUGCAACGCCAGAUGGAGGCGGUGCGCCUGCUGCACCCCAACGUGCGCGUGGAGCCCUUCGUGAGCCGCCUGGACAGCCAGCAGGGGGCUGCCAGGGCCGACGACGCAGGGGAGGACGGCAGGGACUGGGGCUGGGGGAGCGAGGGGAUGGGGGGGGAGCAGAGGGAGAUGGGGAGAGGAUGGAGAAGACAAGGGAUGGUCAGCUUGCAACAAGGUCUCUCGCAGUGGCGGGCAGAGGGGAUGGCGACGAACUUGAGGAUGUGAAGGAUGUGCUUGUGGGACUAGAGGCACGGAAUAUAAGAGAUGGCGGGAGUGGGGGAGGUAGGGGUGUGGAUAAAACAGACGAUCAACACACUCUGCAGCAGGACAGGUUAAGCCUAUCUAUCACUUGAAUGCAGAGUGUUCAACCUUCCAUGCUGGAUUGAAAUGGUUCUUCUGCAUUCAUCCCCUUUUGGUUGAGCCAGCAGCAACAUUCAGCCAG